AUGGCCGCGUUAGUAGAGGCCACCCGAUACAGUCAUCCUCAGAGACACGGUUCGAUUAGGUCAGGCGAAGGGUCGGGCGCAGUCCUCCGCCCUCAAGACGUCAACCUCCCCCAACCCAUAGUCACUCGAGCUGUUCAGCUAGUGAACGGUCGUUUGGACUUCGUUGUUUUCCAACUGAAUACGCUCGAUUUGAAGAGGGUCGGGCGAGAGGGCCAAAACGAAACGAAGGCUGGAGCGGGGGGUGCGGUGGAGGGUGGGGGCGAUACGACUGGUCAGUCGACGUCAGAGCUGAAGAACUUCGUUUGGAUACAGCAUGGAGUACAACUGUAUAAACCGGGUGCAUUCUAUGAAAAUUAUGAUUCGGUUGUGGAUUUGAAUCCGGACGCGUAUCGUUUGUUGAUGGGUUUGUUGUUGACGCGGUAG